AUGGCAGCCGUAGCCGGAGUUAGCAUCACAAGCCCCAAAUUCUUCAUCGCCGCGUCAAGCUCCUCGAAACCCGGCCCAAUUAAGCUCUCCGUCCUCAACACGCCGUGGAGAAACAGCAGCGCCGCCCAGAUCCGGCGGAUGCGCGCGACGGCGGCGGCACCGGAACAGAUUUCGGAGAAGGUUGUGGAGAGCAUCAAGAGCGCGGAGGAGGCUUGCUCGGAGGACCCGAAGAGCGGUGAGUGCGCGGCAGCGUGGGACGAGGUGGAGGAGCUGAGCGCGGCGGCCAGCCACGCCAGGGACCGCCAGAAGGAGGCCGACCCGCUCGAGAACUACUGCAAGGACAACCCGGAGACUGACGAGUGCCGCACGUACGACAAUUGA